AUGGCUUUGAACGAUCCUCUGACAUCCUGGGAGUCUUUCGCCCAUUCCUGGGAUAAAGGAAUGGGCGACGACGGAAAUGACUAUUUCCGCUUUCUAGAACUCCCCAUUUUGGAGAAACUGGUCGGUAGAGUAGAAGGGUGUUGUGCUAUAGACCUCGCAACGGGAAAUGGUCUUGUAGCUCGCUGGUUAGCCCAGAAAGCUGCCUCGGUCAUUGCGACCGACGGCGCAGUGUCGAUGAUCAAUCGUGCAAAGGCACGAACGGACACUUCCCAAUAUGGAAAUAGGAUUUCCUUCCACUGCCUCGACGUCACGAAGCAGUCCUCUUGGGAUACUUUCAUGGUCGAUACUCGUGUCAUGGAGGACGGGUUCGACGUUAUCACUAUGAACAUGGCUCUCAUGGACAUUCAGGAUCUGGGGCCAUUGGCAAGGUCUCUGAAGAAACUGCUCAAACCGAACGGUUGCUUCGUUGCUACUCUGCUUCAUCCGCUCUUUUUCACAUCCGGUGCAGCUCGGCAGAUAUUAGUCCAUGAGGAUCCAGAGACUGGCCAGCGAAUCGUCGACCGUUCCAUUGUUCUAAGGAAAUAUUUGAACGUUCCCCCGGCGAGACAACUGGUUUUUGAAGGGGAAACCGAGUCGCCGUACAUGUUCCAUCGGCCUUUAAAUCAGCUCUUUGCACCGUUCUUCCAGGCAGGUCUCGUCGUGGAUGCACUUGAAGAGACCAAUUUCGACGAAAGCUUUCGUGAUCCUCUACGUGAACACUCAUCGAAGAAUUUUACUGAAUUUCCAAAAAUACUCGGCUUGAGGAUGAGGCGUGUAUCUGAGAUCUAG